AUGAGUAACUUCAAAGCAAAAAUUCCUCUCACUAUAUCAGCACCUGUCACAAUCUUCAGCAGAAUUUGCAUUGAUGUCAUGUACAUGCCUGGAAUGCAAAAAACUCAAUCACCUAGAUACCUGGUAAUUGCAAGAGAUGAUUUAUCAGGAGCAUCAGAAGGAAGGGCCUUAGAAGAGGCAACUUCAGAAGAACUUGCCCUAUUCUUUUGGGAAGAAAUCUUCUUAGAAAGAGGACACCAAAAUAUUCGUACUGCAAUUAUUAAGGCAUGUGGCCAAAAGAAAGGAGCCUUGAAGAAUUGGGCAGAUCAUGUACCCUUCGCACUCUUUGCAGACAGGAUAACAGCCAGAAGAUCUUUGGGAGGACUAUCUCCUUACCGGCUUUUGUUUGGAGUGGAACCUUUACUUCCCUUUGACCUAGUAGAAGCCUCCUUUAUGAUUGAUAGCUAUAAGUCAGGAAUGACUACAGCGGAAUUACUGGCUGCAAGAAUACAACAGCUAGAAAAGAGGCCUGAAGAUAUAGCUCAAGCAGCAUCCACACUAGAAAAGCAUCGCCUUCAAUCAAAAGAGCAGUUUGAGAAGCGAUUUGCAGUACGCCUAUGUAAGGAAAAUUAUUCACCAGGAACUCUUGUCCUGGUACGUAACACUGCAAUAGAAAAGAGCCUCAAUAGGAAAAUGUCCCCUAAAUAUGAUGGACCCUACCAAGUUAUACGACAAAGGCAAGGAGGUUCCUAUCUCUUAGCUGAACUGGAUGGGACCCCUCGUAAGCAGGCUAUUGCAGCCUUUCGCAUAGUACCUUACAUUUCUAGGAGCAAUGUGCGGCUGAAGCAAUUGGAAGCAUAA